GCCGACCGGAUGCUUGGACCUAACCCCGCCCACAGCAAUCGGUCUACAGAGAAAGAUGGCGACGCAGAUGGACCAUGGUGUUCCGUUAAGCACGCUUUCGCCCAAGUUUCUGCACAGCAACUCCACCAGCCACACCUGGCCCUUCAGCGCUAUAGCUGAACUGAUUGACAAUGCCUACGACCCAGACGUCAGUGCCAAACAGUUCUGGAUUGAUAAAACUGUGGUCAAAGGAGAAGAAUGCCUCAGCUUCAUGGAUAAUGGAAAUGGGCUGGACAAUAAAACAAUGCAUAAGAUGCUCAGCUUCGGAUACAGUGACAAGAUGCCCCUGAACGGUAAAGAUCCAAUUGGAAUCUAUGGCAAUGGCUUCAAGUCUGGCUCCAUGCGUCUUGGCAAAGAUGCUAUUGUCUUCUCCAAGUCGAAGAGGAGCUUAUGCGUGGGGAUGCUCUCCCAGACUUACCUGGAAAAGAUUGGUGCAGAUCAAAUAAUUGUACCUAUUGUUUCCUUUGAAGAGAGCGACUCCAAGAACUUCUGUGUAAGAGAGGACCAGAAAUCCAGUCUACAGGCCAUUCUGCAGUAUUCCCCUUUCAGCACACAAGAAGAGCUACUCUCAGAGAUUCAUGCAAUUAGUUUGCCGGGAUCCACGUCGAAAACUGGCACACGGAUCAUCAUCUGGAACCUCCGCAGGACAUCUACUGGAACAACAGAGUUUGAUUUUGAGAAGGAUCGGUAUGACAUCCGAAUUCCAUCUGAGGUUUACAGUGCAGAGAAUGACACUAAUCAGCGUCCAGACAAGAUCACGUCACACAUCCCUGAGAGCAUGUACUCGCUUCGGGCAUUUUCCAGCAUUCUGUACCUGAAGCCUCGAAUGCAGAUCAUAGUUCGGGGUCAAAAGGUGAAAUCUCAGCUCAUCGCCAAGAGCCUGGCCUGGAUCAGAAAGGAUCACUAUAAGCCUACUUUCCUAGUACCGACCCAAAGAAUUCCUAUUACUUUUGGGUAUAACACCAAAAGCAAAGACCAGUGUGGCAUAAUGAUGUAUCACAAGAACCGGCUCAUUAAAGCUUACGAACGUGUCGGCUGUCAGCUUAAGGCCAACAACAACGGUGUUGGAGUCAUUGGGGUCAUAGAAUGUAACUUUUUGGAUCCCACUCACAACAAACAGAGUUUUAUGGAGAAUGACAAGUACAGGAAAACCAUGAAUAAUUUGGGGAUUAAAUUGGAGGAGUACUGGAAAGAGAUACGCUACAGAAAGACGAAAGAAAAUCCAAAUAGCACCAUACUACCAGAAGAUAUCAAGAAGCGACCAGAUCAAAACUGGGCGCAGUGUGAUAGCUGUCUGCAGUGGCGUAAACUUCCUGAUGGCAUUGACAUCAACAAGCUGCCAGAGAAAUGGUUCUGCCAAAUGAACCCUGAUCCUCAGUUCAGGAGCUGCCAGGUAGCCGAGGAAAAAGAAGACUCUGAUGAUGAUCAGCCUUCGUAUCGCAAGACCUACAAACAGCAGGAGAGAGAGGAAAAGAAACAGGAGAAGGAAAGACAGAUGAUUGUCCACCAAUCCCCUUCCACUCCCACUACUUUGAGGAGCUGUUCAUUACAAGAGGGCGCUACAAGGCCUGAAUCCUCACCGCUGACGUCUUCCACCAUUUCUUCAGCUGCCUACAGCCCUUCUCGUAAUGAUGGUUUUCCAGUUAUUACUAGUGUAUGCUCAUUGUCAGCAGGCGCAUUGUCAGCAGGCGCAUUGUCAACCCUGAGAGUAAAAAGGAAACUGCCUGUUACUCCACAGAACACACCAAAAAGAUCUCGGAUAAAUGGCUUCCACAGGAGCACCUCGGAAACAGCCCCAUCAGUAGAUGUGACCCCACUGAGCUCUCCUUCUGUGAAUGUCGAUAGUAAUACUGAUGAUACCGACGAUGAAAUUGUCAUCUUGGAGACUGCUAGCACCCCCAAGCCAAAACAGAACCUCUACGAUUUAAAUAAAGUGAAGAAAGAGGAAGAGCAAAGUGACAAUAAUGUCAGCAUGCUGUUGGAGUGUAGCGAUGAUGCUGCUGUGGAUGUCCCCUCAGACACGAAUGCUGCAGGAGCAAGCUCUGCAGGGUCUGCAGCUGUGGAAACCAGUUCCUCCCCAGCGCCCCUUCCACAGCUGUCAAGCGCCACUACCCAGACAGAAGCACCUAUUGUGAAGCAAGAAGGCGAGGACCAAAAGCAAGAUGAUAUUAAUAAGGGUGGUAAAGAACAGACCUCAAAUAUGGAUAACUGCAACGUUCAGCAAAGAAAAUUUAAGCAGGAGAGCAGUGGAGACAGUCAGAGUGAACAUCAGGGACAGAAGACCUUGCAGAAUGGUGUGAACCAUGAUCUAGAAAGGGAAGGAAGUCCUAGACCUUCCUGUUCAAAUAUCGGUGACAACGAAUAUAGUCCACUUACCUACCCCAAUAUCUCUGAGGUACAGCAACAACAAGACCAGCUGCUUGAGCUCAUGCAGGAGACCGCUCAGGAGAGAGACUCUUUAAAAGAACAGGUCCAGAAACUUACCUCACAAGUGAAAGACCUGGAGAAAAAACUGAAGGAGAUGGCACCGGUCAGCGUAAAGAAGGAGUGUUGUCACCAAGCCAGCCAGACAGAAGAAACAGGAUGGCAGACGGACUACAAAAGUCUGUUCGAGAAGGCCAAACAGAAAGUCAGUGAACUGAUUAAAGAGAAGGAGGCUUUAAUAGCAGCAUCUGAUACCAAGGCCAAUCUGAGUGCUGACAAAAAUGUGGAAAACGAUGAUGAGAUCGCACUGCAAGUUGACGCUCUAGUCCGGAAACUGGAUCAAAGAACGAAGGAGACAGAAGAGCUGCGCUCACGGCUGGACCUUGUGGAGGAGCACAAGGCAAACCUGGCAGCCCAGUGUGAAGAGCUCCAGUUAAGCUUAGAGCACCAAAGGGAAAAAGCACAAAGUCUUCCAACAACCAGUGAAUCUUCAAUUCAGACACAUCCAGAGGAGGAAGGAGGGGCAGCUGUUUCUGGCACACAUUCAAACUCAGAUGCAUCCAGAAGUUUGGUAGAGCUUCGGCAGAACGUCGGGCGCCUUCUUCUCUCCCACGUGCCUGCGCUGGACCUGGCACAAGUGAAUUUCGAGUGUAAUGUAAUUGAUGAGAUCCUAGACCAGUUUCUCACUAAUAACAAUUCUGACACAACAAAUGAUUAAACAAAAGUCGUCACAUCCUGGAUUUAACUAGCGCUCCGCCUGUAAAUGUUUCAUAAGGAGACCCGUGAGUGGGAUAUUAACUUAAUUUAAGGUAUGUUACAGAUGCUUACGGAUUUUUAUUUUUAGGUUACUUUAACUAGCUUUUUAGGGUUUUUAUGAAACAGAAACGAACAGCUGUAGAUAUUAAUUGCUCCCAAGUUUCUCAAGAAAAUCAAGGAAGUAGCAGUUUGUCAGUAGUCUUGCCAGCUAUUAAUACUUUUGUGUUUGAUUUUUCUCUUGUUUUUGUUUUAAAUAAUAGGUUGCACAUUUUGUAUUAUCAUGUCUUACCAAAUAUAUUUUUAUAUUGCCUAUUUAUAUUUGUUGAUUACUGCUCUGCGGCGAGGUGUGGUUUGUGGCUUAGCUGCAGGGGAGGGGUGGCCGGCACAGCUCAGGUCCAUUACGGUAACCAUGACUUCCCUAUUUAAGUAACUGUCCGGUCCCAAAAGAGGGGUGGGAGGUUUGGAGAGGAGAGGAAAGCGCACAGCCAUACAGGUGUAUAUAUGUGUGUGUGUGUGGCUGUGUAGGAGCAAAAUAAAAAUGAGUUUGUCAAAACAACCUGCAAAGGCAUCAGGUCCUUGUGUCAUAAGCUCUAUAAGACUUUGGUAGUCUUCUCAAAAUCACAACGCAAGUCUGCCACAGAAGUUUGUCAUCGCUGCAAGCGGUUUCAUUAUAAUAAUGAGGUGUGUGAUGUGGGGCACAAGGAGCAAGGUCUUCAGUUUUGGUUGAUUGUUUCAAACUCAAAUGUUUUGGCAGCGUAGGUGGCAAUUAAGGCAUUAACCUUAGGCACCCUGGUUUUACAUUUCACUUUUGGGCAAUAAUUCAAGUUUCACUUUGGUAAAGAGCUCAGUCUGACCAGUGGCCGCAGCAUGAACUUCCAGGUCUGAAUAUACUGAUGAAUUAAACUGGAUCAUUUUGUUUUAAAAACAUCUGUUUUGUAUUUCAAAAUAUUUUUUGAAGCGACUCUCAGGUGAUGAAAUAACCAGCGUGGGAGUCGCAUUUCCAUUUUCCACGACAUUUUACAGAAAAAAAAGAAAAGCAUCAACCACACGGUUUUACAUGUUGUACUUUAACCUGCAUAUCACAGGCUUGGAAACAAUGGGGUUUUUUUCUAAAAUGUCCUCGAUUUUCAACUUUAAUCCUCGGGAUUUAACUAAAAUCCUCAUUGCAAAACUGUUAGCGGUUUUAUUUUCUUUAAGUUAACUUGACUUAAAUGUUUCACAGUUGCAGUGCACUGCUGCUAACUCUGAUAUUUAAAAAUUAAAUAUUCUGUCAAUAACAACCACAGUAAUAAAAGUUUGUUCUACCUAUUUUUUAAUAAAUAAUUUUAA